CGCUAUGGCUUAACUUUCUUUGAGGCCUGUUCAUUGUUGAUUGAUCUUGUAAGAGUGUCAUUAAGAAAUUUACAGUUUUUGAUAUUUUUAAGGUGAUCAAAAAGUGUGUAAACUUCUUUUUUCGAGACAGGAAUGUUAGGUAAGAAUGAAGGCUUUGAGCUUAUAUGUUACCACAUGUCGUACAAUAUUUCAGUCAAAUCCAGACGACGCAGGCGCAUGGGCAAAUGUCUACCGGUUGUUGUCGUACCUUCGUGAGGCACUGACAUGUUGUGUGUGUGGACAGCUACUUAAAUGCCCAUUGUCGCCCACUUUCUCGAACUGUCAACACCAUGUUUGCCGCAUGUGCUUAGGCAAGAAAAUGCGCCUCAAACCGUCUUGUAGUUGGUGCAAAGAUUUCAGUAAGUUUAGAGAAAACAUAAGUCUCCGUAUUGUAUUGCAGUUGUAUAAAAAACUGUGUGAAUAUAUGAUCACUACUACUCUGCAUCAGAAGUGGGGCAGCUUGAACGGUGGAACGGCCGUUAAUUUUUGUGAUUUAAUUCAAGAAGGUGCGGAAUUCGAAGAUGAUUUAAGUCAAGGAAACAAUCAGUCUGGAACAUCACGUUCUAUUACCAGUAAAUUCAGAUCGGUCAAGGCAGAUAUUGAACUUGGAAAAAAUCCUUCAGUCAUUAAAAAACCCCUCAACAUAAAUACAAAUGCAAGGGCAGAUGUUUGUGAUAAGACAAAUUUCAGUAAUUUCUCUCAUUUGAAUGGUGAAGACACUACAUCUAAUAAUGCUGAUGGGGUUGCAGUUCUUUACAGCUCAGCCAGUAUAGAUAGCAGAACUACAGAAACCUCAACAGAAAAUUCAUUAUACAUUUCAGAAGAAUUGACGAAUUUAGGGAAGAGACAGACAACAACUAUCAUGGAUAUUGAUGAGAAUGAUAUAUUUGAUACAUCUAGCAAACAUGCAAGGUUAGGAGAUGGUGAAAGUGAAGUGCAACCUGUUCCAUUAACAACAGUUGUUUAUAAAGUGACAUCCUCAUCCAGUAUCCAGCAAAAAACAUACAAGACCAAGAACAAACAGGGUUGUAGAUGUGGUCUUGCUACCUUAAACCCAGGUAAAUUAACUUGCUGUGGGCAAAGAUGCCCAUGUUAUGUGGAUAAUAAACCUUGUGUGGAUUGUCGGUGUCGAGGUUGUCGAAAUCCAAAUAAGUUAAACCUACUAAAUGUCAGUACACAUCACACCGACAGAGAGCAACAAGAACAUGUCAGCUCAACAACAGAAGAUAAACAGAUGAAUAUCAAGAAACCACUAGAGUUAAAACAAGAAAUUGAAGAAAACAGUGAUGUUGAUGUCUGUAAAAUUUAGAACAAGUUAAAGACUGAAUCUUUUUUUUCUCUCCAGCCUCCCUUUGUGAUAAAGUUGGUAGUGUUUUCAAGAUAUGGUAAACUGGUUAUUGAGGUAUUGUUACUGUAACUAACAACUCUGUGAUGAAAUUAACAAUCACUGCCUCAUUAAUAAAAAAACAGAGCAUAGGCCACAUCAUACCCAUGAAAAUAUUUUCAAAUAAAAUUUUUAAAACUGUAUCCACUGACCAUCAUAUGUAGAAUGAAUUGGUAUUAGAAAAUUAUGAAAAAAAAAGUUUUUAUAUGGAAAUUGUAAAUUUUUCUAGAAAAUUUAAAACUUCCUGAUAAGCUGAAGUUGAUAGUGACAUUUAGAAUGAUGUGUUACAAAUACAAAGACAACAAAUUUAUAUUUAAUAAUUUGUGAGGUUUUGCUUUUUAGAAAUUUUAUGUAAGACACCUAUUUCAAAAAGCAUUACGUGUGUGUAGAAGUAUGGUACUGAACAAAUCUGCCAGCUUUUAAGAAAACAUUAUUUUAAAUUAACUUGCUAUACUUCUUUAAGGUAAUGGGCUUAUUAUUCUUUUCUUCUUUGACCAAGAUGGUAUCCAUCAGCCUAAUGUAGUCAGCUUAUAAUCAGUAAAUUCUAUUAAGCAAGAAGUAAAGUAAGCUUAGCUUUUAGUAUUUUAGUGAUUAAUAUCGUUAGGUUUACUUUUUUAAUGCAUGCAGAGUACUCAGUUAUCAGUUGAAAAAUUUUGAAGUUAAACCACUACUUAAAUGGAAUUGAUAAUUUUAUUCAUAGAUUAUUUUAAAAAGAAACAACAUAAGUAAAAUGUUGUAUUUUUUUGAGUGACCUGAUUAGUUUACAAUCUACCAUACCAAUUUUGAAUCUUUAAUAGUGCUGAUGUUUUUCUAAUUGAUCCUUGCUUUAAGACAUUUCUGUAUUGUUGUGGGUUAAGAUCAAGAUUUUUUCAAAGGUUCAUAAUUAAAAGCAUGUUUUUUUGUUUUAAUUUUUUAAAAAAACAAAGACUGAAGGAAUUUUAAAAUUGAGUUUAUGUA